AUGGGAAGCGGCGUCUUGACAGACUGCUGGCGUCCAGAAGAGCGCGGAAAGGGAAUAGCCAUGAUGCAAUUUGCACCAGUCAUUGGCCCUGCACUAGGUCCCAUUGUUGGUGGCUACAUCUCGCAAUACGCCACCUGGCGCUGGGCAUUCUGGACAGUCGUCAUCUUCAACGUCGCAGUCCAGGCUGUGGCAUUCUUCCUGUUGAGAGAAACAUAUGCACCUCGCCUUCUUGUGCUAAAAGCCAGGAAGCUCCGCAAGGAGUCGUGUAAUCCAGAGUUCAAGACUGCCUGGGAACGAGAGCAACGCACUCUGACGAAGAUUCUUCGAGUCAGCUUGUCGAGGCCCUGGGUGAUGCUUGCAACUCAGCCCAUCAUUCAAAGUCUAGCAAUUCUCCAGGCUUUCAACUUUGGCUUGCUCUAUCUCGUAAUCUCCGGAUUUCCUACUCUUUGGGAAGAGCACUACGGGAUGUCAAAAGGCAGAGCAAGUUUGAACUACAUCUCGAUCGCCGUCGGUUCCCUGAUUGGGGUUUUAAUCUGCGCCCCUACCAUGGACGCAGUCUACCGACGGCUUAAGACGAAAUCCGGGAUCGGGAUGGAGGAGCAAGGGAGCCCCGAAUUUCGCAUUCCCUUGAUGAUUCCUAGUUCAGUAAUCACGCCUGCUGGGAUGCUGUUAUUCGCAUGGUCCGCACAGAACAGAAUGCAUUUUCUCAUUCCAAACAUUGGCAUUGCGAUAACGAUGGGAAGCACCAUGAUAUCGUACCAAUGCAUCUCGGCCUACAUAGCCGACUCUUAUCCGCAGUACACCGCUUCUGCUUCAGCUGCAUGUUGUUUCAUGCGGUCCAUGUUCGCUUUCGUGUUUCCGCUGUUUGUUCCAGCGCUCUUCGGAAAACUGGGAUAUGGACUUGGCGGAAGUCUGUUGGCUGGUAUCGCGGUCGUCAUUGGGAUCCCGGCACCGAUCUUACUCUGGGUAUUUGGCGCAAGGCUACGGGGUAUGAGUCGGUUCAGCAUACGGGAAUAA